GCUCAAGGUGGCUGGCCCUGCCAGCGACUGGCACGCGGCACGCCUGUAAGGUUUCCCCAUUCUCUCCGUGAUGUCUGCUGCUCCACACACGAUCAUUGCUGAUCUUCAUGGGGAGUUGAUCCGACGGCUUUCGUUAGUUGCUGGCACGCACUUCGAAGGUCUCGAGCAAGCGGGUCGUGUUCUUCGCCGAGCUGGUCGUAUUACAACCGGCACUGCGCACAAGCUUGCCCGCCUGGGCCACGCCUACAACCUGACCCGUCAUGUCACGUGCGUUUCCGCUACCAGCUUCCUGGACUCUGUGAUGAUGGAGGUGGGCGGAACGCCAUGUUCUACGGGUUUGCAGGCUACGGGAUCACAGCCUUCAGAUACUUCGUUGAAGACUGCGACUUCGGCCUCACUGUUUUCUUCGCCUGCAUUGACGGCUACUUCGACAUUGAUGACUGCUCCCACGUCGGCUGCCCCUUCACCGAAGGUUUCGACAUCACCGCCUCCAGAGGAGGCCCUGGGAGCUGUCCAUCCAGUUCCUCAUCGUGCCGAUGGUGUGGUCUCUGCUGAUAAUGUCGGCGAUGCCGCGCUUCCCUCCGAAGCUCGACUGGGUGAAGCUCCUGUUCGUGCAAAUCUGCCCCAUGAUGACGAUACUCAGGGUGAUGGCGUCGGCACCUACGACGUGAUGUCGACGUUCACCGUUACCAUCUACCAGCCGUGCCUCUGCACGGCCACUAUUCCUGACGGCCGCGGUAGUGGACCCGGGUCCCUCGGCACGGCGACCCACGACGCGAACAUCUUUGCGACGGGCGACUACGUGAUCCCUGCGAUCCCGUUCGCGUUCGCCCCGAACUCGUUCCGCCUCUCUGAGCCCUGCGAUGCGUCCGACCGCGUUCGAUACCGCGGCAAACGCGCGGUCUGAGGCAGAUCCUUCCUCCACCUCCUGCUGUGUGCUCUGUAGCUGCGGGCGGGGGUGGGAUGGCGAC